GGCGCAGGCGCGCGCUUGAUAACUCUCUGCAACCAGUGCAUUGUGGUGUGAUACGCUGUGAUACCAUGUUUACCUGUGCAGUGAUAAAUUGAAAGGAUUUGGAUGUCAAUGCUGCCUGAAGGUGGAGAAGUGAUGCGCCGCGUGGCAUGCGCCGACGUGUGCCCCGCGCCGCCCGCGCACCCCCACCUCAAUAAUAACAACAGAUCAGAAAACAAAGAACUACUACGGCAACAACUUCUGUCGGCGAGUAAAGAUCGGCUCACGGAAAAGACUGAUCCUCCCAAGCAGAAGCUGGCAAGGAACCGACAGAAGAACCGAUGGAAGUUAAAAUUCCAUCACCAGGCACUUCCCCAAGAGUACCUUGAUCACUACGAGCAAAGUUUGCAGAAAGCGAACGCGAAACAAGCCCAGAAACCAAAGCCUCCAGAAAAGAAACCAGAACCAAAUUUUGAUAUAAACAAUAUAACAAAUGAAACCUUCAAGAUAUGGGCACAGAGGCUAGCGGGCAUACAGAAUGAGCCUGGUUCAAUGACCACCGUACCUACAGUAUUAAACAUGGCAGCUAAACAGUCUAAUAAAGAUGAGAAGAAGAAAAAACAUCCUACUAUAGCUCCUAGCAAAAUUGUAACUUAUGAAGACUUACCAUACAUGGGGGAGAUGACUCUGAAUAACUCCAAACCUCGGAGAGGUCGCAAACCAAAGAAGGCAGACAUCUGCCACCUCAUAUACGAGAACUAUGGGACAGUUGUGCCAGGGCAGCCACCGCCUGUGCAAGAGCGAUUAAAUUCCCUUACUAUGUGUCCUUCUUAUAGAACUGAAAACGGUCCGAGUACUCCUAAAACUGAUCUGCAGAAUAAAAUUAUAUCCAGUCUAUUAGAAAGGAAACUGUCACAGGAACACAAGAGGAGAUUAGAAAAUAUGUCACCGCAAAGAUUUAAUAGUCCAGACGAACCUAUGCCUGAAGCUCCUUUAACGAUACCUGGUCCGCUUCACAGCGAUGACGAACCCUUAAAUUUGUGCAUAAGAGACCUCCACGAUUUAAAGCUGCAAAUUCAAAAGAAGUUCGGUAACAUUUAUCCGUCAAUGCCUGACGUCAAAACUGAAGUCGAUGUGGAGCCGGAGACACAAAAAACAGAACAAACCAACGCCAUCUCUGUGAUACAGAGGAACACCAAUCUUCUACCUAUGACCGCGAGUAGUUCGCCCGAUCUUUCGCGGCAAACUAGAACUAUUUCUCCUGCUUUAUCAGAACCGGCACAAUCUACUUCGAGCCCUGAUGGCGACGGGAAGUUUCCAGGAUAUGUGUACUGGCCUAACGCAGGCAUAUACAUGCAUCCUUUAGCUUUACAAACGCAACUUUUAUAUUAUCAAAGGUUAGCAGCUGCUGGACAAUUACCGAGCGAAGACCAAGAACGAGUUCUUUCAACACCUAAUAGUGUAAAUGAAAGUGUAUCAACAGAAACAAAUUCCUCGGUAGACGAGAGUAAAAACAAAUUAGUAUUAAAACAAAUAUCAGAACUUCUAGAUCCUAAAGUAAUUAAGCAAGUGGAAGAAGCUAAACGAAGUCCGGAACAGCCGAAAUUGAAGAGAGCUUCACCGAAUCCGAUUCCUGGGCCCGUUAAAAGAAAACGAUCGGCUAUUUUUAUUCCCCCUAUGCCUACAAAAAGUAGUUCAACAACGCCUACUACAGAAGUCAGUAUCUGUAAAUUUAAGUUCACAGGUGGAUCCAAACCUUCAUUACAAGAAAAGAAAAUGUUAUCCGUAGACUCGGGAGGCAACUUUAGAUAUUACAGUGGCACUGGAAACAAAGGCAACAAAGGCUACGAAUACAUGCAGAGGGACGCGAACCAAAACAGAAAUGCGGAAGCAGAGGCUUCUGUAUCAACGUUACCGAAAACAGAAGGGCAAAGCUCGUCUAUGAGUAAGGAGGAACUGAACAAAAAGAAGAGAAAGUCCAGAAAAAGCUUACAGAGAGAAAAAUUGGAGCAGACGUUUAAGGAAAAGGGGUUUCUAAUACAAACUCAACAGUUGCAGUCCGCUGAAGGGGCGACGUAUUGUAAGUUUAGGCAAUUGAGGAAAUUCACCAGGUAUUUGUUCAGGAGUUGGAAAGACUACCUGCCUGGGGAGUUAGAAGAGAAAAAUAACGGGGAACCUGCCCAAGAACAACAGGCAUCACCAUCGGAUGAAGCAAACGUGGGAGAAUGGGGCUGAAUCUCAUUCAGACGUUCUUUAAUAAGCCAAAGAAGUGAAAGAUAAACCUGGCUACUAAACGAUGCUAGUGGCUGAAUUAUGCAUUUAUUAAUGUUUAUAGUGAGAUUUAAAUUGUUUACUACAAAUUUAUCAGAAUCGCCACUCCGUCCACGUACUGAAUUGUGUGCCUUUCGCUUUGUUACGGUUUGUUGUGUACCUUUUAGUUAAUAAGUAGAUCUAAUAUAGUAAUUGAUCACAUUAAUUUAUAUUGGUACUUAACUCAGAGGUGAGUCUCAAACUUUUACUGGUACAUAAUUGAAAGCUGGUAUAUGAAUUUAACUCAAUAAGAGUAAUAUUCAAAUACGCACUAAGUCAUAACAUACAUACACAUAAUACAUAGAUAUCACAUUAUAUAUAAUAAUAAUACUGUUGCAGUUUCUUAAAAUAGUGAGGCCGUUACCUAAUGACGUCAUCGUUUAUAUACUUUUUAAGUUUAGAUCCUUUGUGGAACAAGUGAAGGUAUAGAUAUAUCUACUUAAUUUUAAGCCGUAAUACAUCGCCAUUAAGGUUCAAAAUAAAUAACAUUUUGCAGUUAUCUUAUCCAUAUUUUGGACAUAAUGUGAUCAAAUACUAUUAUUAGCGGUCUCUUUUUUAUAAAGUUUGAGCGUAUCGUAAAAUAUUUAUUUAGUGUAAUAUUUGAAAAACAUGAUAUUUACAAAUAGUUAUUAAAAUACAUUUCACAGUUUGUCUGCAUUUAAAAUUACAAUUUCAUCAAUUUAUUACAGUCAACAAAGUUAUUAAAAAAAGAUAACUGUGCAAACAUUCUUAUAAAUUUUUUUCUUCUAUUAAAGUAUUAGUACACCUAAUGGUACAUAAAAUAAGCUAAGCCACUAUGUAUUUAUAUAAAAAACUAUUAUUGUUACUAACUUUUGUUGUCGACUGUACACAACGCUCAGGCAUUUUUCGGAUUGGCUUGUAAUAGCAUCGUAUGUUCCUACGAUUGUUAAGACAAAAAGCAGGCCCCUUAUAAAGAGAUCCAAUUCAGUAAUUAAGUAAACCACUAACAAAACUAGUCAAUUGACACCUCUAACAUAGAUUUUAGUUAGUUAAAAAAUGUACAUAUGCAAAGAGCGAGAGUUAUCUAGUCAUUAAUUUUAAGUUUUUUUGUUAAUUAACUUGUACAGUUUUAAUGAAAGUAAUAUAAUAAUUGUUUUAUACGUAAUUUAAUUAAAACACAGUUUUGUACUCAAAUUUUUUUUUAUUGCAAAACAUAAUGCCAUCGUGAGAGGAAUGUAUAAUGUCCCGAAAUAAAGAUUAACCAAAUUUAU